AAUGGAUCGUCCCUUCCACGACAGACACACGCCCAUUAUCUGCAAAGCAAUAUAGUUCAACACUUGUUUGAGCUUUGUGGGGAGGAGUUAUUAAGGUUUUUGUGAUGGGUUUUCUUCAAAGCUCAUGUAACAGAAGUGCAAGACACAUUUUGUCCAUCUCGAAGCUGUUUCUCUUGCUCUCGCCGCUCCUCCUCCCGAGCUACUCCGGUGCAGCCACCAGAGCCAUGGAUGCCGGGAACGUGUUCAAAGUGGGCGUGAUUCUUGAUUUGGACUCACGUCUCGGCGACCAAAUGCGUAUGGCAAUCGAAAUAGCAUGCCAAGACGCGAACAGCAUCUCAUCAUCCGGAAGUCAUUACAUAAAGCCACGUUACAUAAACUCCCACGCGAAGCCCCUUCGAGCAAUUUCGGCCGCUGAAAAGCUGAUCAAAAGGAAGAAUGUGCAAGUUAUUAUUGGCUUGGAGACAUGGGAGGGAGCAACUUUAGUAGCCGAAAUCGCUAAUCAAUCUCAGGUACCAGUCAUAUCCUUUGCCAGAGAUAAUGUAACACCGACAUUGAUGGCGCAAACUCUAUGGCCUUCACUGUUUCGAAUGAGUACCGAUGAAUCCGACCAAAUUAAAUGCAUUGUAGAUGUAGUUAGUUCUUAUAACAGGCGAAGAGUAUCAAUAAUAUAUGAGGCUGGGGCAUACGAUACUAUGUACUCCAAGCUGUUAAAUUCUUUGUCGGAGGAGCUUGGAAAAAUCGGCUCGACAAUAGAGGACCAGCUGAUUCUUCAAGCAUUCUCAUCUCCAACCGGAGCAGAAGUUUCUUUGGAAGAAAAUUUAAUGAAGCUGAAGGGAAAGGCAUCUCCCAUCUUUAUUGUUCUAGGAUUGUCGUCACCGGGAAGUGCUCAUUUUCUCAAAGAAGCAAAGAAGAUGGGACUCUUCUACGCAGAUUCAAUAUGGAUAUUUGCUGAAAAACCAUUUGCCAAUCUCUUAAAUUCAGCAGAACAAUCAGCAAUCUCCUCCACUGUUGAAGGCGCCAUAGGAGUAAUCACCUACCGUCCUGAAAACCAGGCAUAUAGAGAAUUCAAAUCCAAAUUCUUGAAUAUGUUCCGUCACAAGUAUGGAGAAAACUUCAAUUUCGAGCCAGAUAUCGAUGCUGUUCGAGCAUACGAUUGCAUUAUGGCCGUUAAAAAUGCGGUAGAUGCAGUGCCAAACCAUGAUAUUAUGCCUGGGUUUUUGCUUAAUAGAAUAUUGCGCACUAGACUCACGGGUUUGAGUGGGCCAAUACGAUUUGAGAAAGGUCAGUUGGCACAUCGACCCAAAUUCCAACUCGUAAGUGUUAAUGGAAAUGAAUAUAGAGAGCUUAAGCUUUGGUCUCCCAAUUUCGGUUUCUCUGGGAGUUUUGUGGCAAAACAAAGUUCAAGAAGAAAUUCGUACGCAAUUGCAGACAGAUUUAAGACCCAAGAAGGACAGACUUCUGGUGAGAACAAGCCCAUGGUGAUUGGAGUUCCCGGUAAAACUCCUUUUGAUAAGUUUGUGAAGGAGGAAAUGGAUGGCACAACCGGGAAAGCAAACUACAUUGGCUUUUGCAUAGAUGUUUUUGAGAAGGUUGUUUCUCAUUUUCCUGAACGUUUCGACUAUAAGUUUUCUCGUCACGAUGGAACAUACGAGGACUUGGUUAACAAAGUUCGUGAUAAGACCUACGACGCUGCAGUCGGUGACAUAACUAUUCUGGCCAAUCGCUCACAGUAUGUUGAGUUCACACAACCGUUUAUAGCAUCAGACCUUACAAUGAUAGUCCCAGCAAAACGGGACACAGACAGGGCAUUGAUCUUCAUGCAGCCUUUCACUCCAACAAUGUGGAUUGCCUCUGGAGGCAUCCUUGUAUACACAAUGUUGGUAGUUUGGUUCUUGGAGCGUCCAAUCAAUCCGGAAUUUAGAGGCCCUUGGACAAAUCAGCUCUCGACUGCUCUUUGGUUCACCUUCUCCUCUCUCUUCUUUGCUCAUAGGGAGAGAGUCUACCGCAACUUCACUCGGAUCGUGCUGGUGAUUUGGUUCUUUGUAGCAUUGAUCUUGACGCAGAGUUACACGGCCGGCCUCACCUCGUUGCUCACUCUCCAGGAGCUCAAACCGACUGUGACCACCAUGGAAUGGCUGAGAAUUUCUAAAGCAAGAGUGGGUUGUGACCCCGAUGCUUUCAUUUGUGACUAUCUGACUCACACGCUAAACUUCUCGAAGGAAGCCAUUGUCGGCAUAAGCAACACUUCCAGCUAUGGAGAUGAAUUCAGAAGAGGCAACAUCGCCGCUCUUUUUCUGGAAUACCCAUAUGAGAGAGCUUUCUUCACUGAGUAUUGCUAUGGAUAUGUUGCCACUCAAGAAAACUACAGAUUUGGCGGUUUUGGCUUUGUGUUCCCAAAAGGCUCUCGACUAGCUGCAAAUUUCUCCGAGGCCAUUUUGGAGCUUUCAGAGAGCGGUGAGAUGAAAAGAUUAGAGUACAAGUGGUUCCCUCCUGAGUGUACGAUGAGGAACUUCACCAAUGAGACACCGCGGUUGGGCCUCAACAGCUUCUGGGCGCUCUAUGCUCUCACCAUCGCCACUUCCACGGGCUGUUUCCUCUUUGCAUGCCUCUGCACAAGAAGGAAUCGCCAGGACCAUGAACAAGGAAGCGCCGGCGACAACAUGAGCGUGACAGAGAUGAGUAUUCUGUAGUGUAAAUGAAUGUACAGUGGCGUAGUUUUAGGCUCGAUAGUGAAGGGGGGAACAUUAUUCAUGAAUCUUGAUCAAUUCAAAAGCUGAAUCUUCUUGCA